GUGAAUCCAUUUUGCUGUGGAUUGGACCAAUCCGUACUCUUACACAUCAGCGCACCAUGUGACGACGUCUGUGGUGCUGCACGCGGGAUUCAUUGAACGCGAAGGCUUGUUUUCAUACAGAAACUCCUCAUUUUUUUUUGUAUUUUUUCGGGUCACGGAGCAGAGGUUGGACAGGUGAGAUGUUGAGCCCCAAGCUGCUAACGCUGGUGCUGGUGGUGCAGCCCGGAAGAGUGCUGCUCGGCAUGAAGAAGAGAGGAUUUGGGGCUGGGAAGUGGAAUGGGUUUGGGGGCAAAGUUCAACCUGGAGAAACCAUUGAAGAUGCUGCAAGGAGAGAACUGCAGGAGGAAAGCGGCCUCACGGUGGAUGCUCUCGAGAAGAUUGGAAACAUCAAAUUUGAAUUUGUUGGAGAAACGCAGCUGCUUGACGUCCAUGUUUUCAGAGCUGACGCUUAUAACGGAGAACCAUCAGAGUCGGAAGAAAUGCGGCCUCAGUGGUUCGAAUAUGACAAAAUUCCUUUCAGUCAAAUGUGGGCUGAUGACAUCCAGUGGUUCCCACUGAUGCUCCAGAAGAAGAAAUUUGUCGGAUAUUUUAAGUUUCAGGGUCACGAUGUGAUUCUAAGUAGCAAACUGGAGGAAGUGGAGGAACUAUGAGACAACCUGCAUUCCUGUGGACAUUUGCCAGUUUGACAAAAAAAGCAUUCACAUUCAAAUUUCCUCUUUAAAUUUAAAAGAUAUCCCACUUUUCAGCGUUGUUGUUCAGCUUCAUUUGUGGGAGGAAACAUCAAGACUCUGAGGACUUUAACCAUGUCAGCUGUACAUGUAGAGGGUUUACAUGUAAAAUAACCGCUGCUUCUUUUUUUUUAAAGUCUGUUUUCUUUAGCAAUAUUGCCAGCUGAAUAUAUUCUUUUUUUUUCUAAUCACACUUAAAUAAUUUAAAAAUGAAUAAAUCAAAGCAGCGGUGUACUGACAGAAAUAUCCAUUAUGUUAUUUUAUUUUUCGGGAUAAAUGAUUUAACACAAUUCAGCAAGGAUUCCUUUCAUAAAAUAUUUACAGCAUCUACAGUAAUAAUAAUUUCAUUGGAUUCCAUAUUCUGUUCAAACUAACUGGAUUCCUGAUAUAUUUUUCUUGCCAAAACAAAUGUUUCUUACUGUAUGUGCAGUACUACAGCUUCCUCAUAAAAUAAAAGUUGAACCACGUGCACAAA